UGUGUCAGUGCGACCUGACAACAGGAGAAGGCAGGGCAGGGACACUGCUGCCCAGGGACCAGAGGAGCCCCACACCUUGGGAUCUGGGCCUGUGCUGCAGGCUCACCUGCCUCCCCCUUCCCACAAGCAGCAGAGGAACAACCAGAGAACACUGUAGUGUUCCUUGAAGUGACGACGAGAGGAGAAGGCAGACAGGAGCAGGGCUCACGCAGGGCUGAGCAGGGACUGGUGCCCUCGUGGCUCUGGGCCUGUUCUGCAAACUCCCCACACUCUUCUUUCUCCCACAGAGAGAGAGGACCAGCAGCUGGAGGAGACGGUGGCGUUUCUGGACAGGGACUCACCACUAACAGCUGCCAUGUCUUACAGCAAGCCGGAGGGCCCUGGUGCCAGGGAGACAGCCUGCAUGCUGUGUCGCCAUGCAAAGGCUGACCCAGACAUCUGCGGUGACAAACUGGAGAAGCGUGGGCUCUGUGCCCAUGUGUUCUGCCUGUUCUUUGCCACUCUACUUGUUCGUCAAAAGAACGAUCGUGUUGGACUCAUGGGAUAUUUUCCUAGAGACAUCCAAAUUGCAGUCUGGCGGGCGGCACAAAAGCGCUGCUGUGUCUGUGGCCAGAGCGGGGCAACCAUCAUGUGUUGCAAGGAGGACUGUGGCAGAUGGUUCCACCUGCCCUGUGCCAAGGAGGGCGGCUGUGUCACACACUAUAUUCCAGAUUACAGCACCUACUGCCAUGAGCACCGUCCAGAGCAGGAGGUGGAGGCGACUCCAGAGCCAGGCACCAAUUGCCUCAUCUGCAUGGAGCCUGUGGAGGAUAGAAAGACCUUCAGAACCCUGGUGUGCCCAGCGUGCAAAAGGGCCUGGUUCCACAGGGACUGCAUCCAGGGACAGGCCAUGCGUGCUGGUCUUUUAUCCCUCCGCUGCCCCCUGUGUAGGGACAUUGAAGAAUUUCUUGCACAAAUGUUCAUCAUGGGGAUCCGAAUUCCCUUCAGAGAGCCAACAUGGGAGGACAACGAUGGCUUCGCGGAUCUAGAAGAGAGGCACAGCAGGUGCACUGCCAGGGAUUGCCUUUACCCGGGAGGCAGGGAGGAGGCAGAGGAAGAGGGGCCCUGGGAACUGCUCCUGUGCUCCUCCUGUGCUGCUGAGGGCACCCACAGGCGCUGCUCUGGCCUGAGAAAUCACAUACAGAGCUGGGAGUGUGACAGCUGUGCUGGUCUCGGAACGGCUUCCAGGGAUGAGUCAGAGCUCAGUGGCCCUAGCCUGACCAGACAGUCAGGACUGGAGCCUGCUCAUGGCUCCUCAGCAUCUGAGGCUAUCAGCCCCAGCUCCUGCAUCCUGGUCCUGCCAUUGAGGGUGGAUCCCCAGUCUCCAUCUGCAGAGACCAGCAGCCACAGCAGCCACCAACACACAGCAUGGCAGCAGUCUCUGCUGUCUGCUUCACCGGACACCAGCAGCCCCAGCACAUCAAGGUCAACGUGCAGCAGCUCCCCUGACCAUGAAGACAGGGUCCAUUCCAGACAUGCUGGGCCUGGCUGCAGGCAAACCCGCUCUCACCAGCAAGGUCAGGCCCCAGAUGGACCUGUCCGAUCAAGGAGUCGCUGUGACAGGAGCAGGAGGACAACCACAAGGACUGAGAAGACCAGGCGAAGGGAGACACCUACACAGACAUCCCCCAGACGCAGCCGUGCCCACCAGCAAGGUCAGGCCCAGAGUCCACCUGUCCGGUCCAGGAGUCGCCGUGACAGGAGCAGCCAGACAAGACCAAAGACUGAGAAGCCCAGGCGAAGGGAGACACCUUCAUGGACAUCCCCCAGACGCAGCCACGCCCACCAGCAAGGUCAGGCCCAGAGUCCACCUGUCCGGUCCAGGAGUCGCCGUGACAGGAGCAGCCAGACAAGACCAAGGACUGAGAGGCCCAGGCAAAGGGAGACAUCGUCACAGGCAUCCCCCAGACAUAGCCGCUCCCGCCAGCAAGGUCAGGCCCAGAGUCCACCUGUCCGGUCCAGGAGUCGCCGUGACAGGAGCCACACGACAACAUCAAGUGCUGAGAGGCCCAGGCAAAGGGAGACUUUGUCAGGGACAUCCCCCAGACGCAGCCGCUCCCACCUGCAGCGCCAGGCCUCGAAUCAACCUGUCCUGUCCAGGAGUCACCAGGACAGGAGCAGCAGGACAGCAGCAAGGGCUGAGAGGCCCAGGCGCAGGGGGACACCAUCAGGGAUGUCCCACAGGAGCAUCUGUUCUCGCCAGCGACGUCGGGCCUCAAUUAGGACCUCCAACAGCAGCAUGUAGUGUCAUCUCUUCUUUCUUUCCAUCUUUCGCUGCCGGAAGUGAAGUAAAGCCAAAAGGAAGAAGAGAGAAGAGAGUGACACACUGCCUCAAGUGCCUGAAGAAAUUACUAUAUUUACUAUAUUUACUAUAUAUAUAUUACUAUAUAUAUAGUAAUAUAUAUAUAGUAAUAUAUAUAUAUAUAUUACUAUAUAUACAAUUACUAUAUUGCUGCUGAUUUAAAAGACUUGCUUGGACCUUGAAAGAACAAACCAGAAAAGACUGUGGAAAUACCCUGGGACAAAGAGGAUGCACAGGACUCUGUCCCAGAUGACCAUUUGGGACCUUUGCCUGAGAACGAUGCAGCUCAGGAGUCGAGUGCUUUUAAGUUUUCCUUCUUUGGAGACACAGAGGAGUUGGGCAUCAAAGAAGAUAAAAUGAGGCCUUAUGAAAAGAAGAUGAAACAACAUUAAAUCGAGUCACAGUCCUGAAGGAGAGAAGAGAAACCGUGUGAAGUUAUCCGAAAUAUUUAAAAAAAAGAAACCAAUGCAACAAGACAAAGCAACCAGCCUCCCAUACUUGUGCUGAAUUCAGAAGGUAUUCAGUGUCUUCUGAAUGCAAUAAUAAAUGUUUAUGAAUACAGAAGAGAUCCCUAGAACAAACUGGAAAAUCCUGGACCAGAGAUGUAGCUCAGAAAAUCCAGCAGGAGCAGAUUCUGUCCUUCCUAAAUCUGUCUUCUCCACUAGUCUUGCGGACUUGGAAUAAUAAAGCCGGUAAAAGUCACAUGGGAAGAGGAUUCACGUUUCCAAGACAGCAGUUCUGAGGGUGCUGAUGAGCCUGAGACGUGAGAAAUUGAAAAGGACCAAGAAA